AUGUCCGACCACAACAAUAACAAAGACGACGACCACGUCGCUCCCCAGUCAGAGAUUGACCCAGCGCUCCAGCCCGAGCACCAGCACCAGCAUGCCCACCUCCACCACACAGCCUUUGCCGAGCGCGGCCGCGACGACGAUGUCAUCUACACCAAAGACGCCUCGUUCGAGAAGGGGAAUGUCCCGGACCCGACGCCGCUGGAUCAUACCCCCAAGAGCCAGAGCGACGACAACAAGGACGUCGAGACCGCGGACAAUUACCCGGCCCAGCGGCCGUGGUACCGCCGGGUGCUCAAACACUGGCGCCAUUUUGCGCACGCCGUGAUCUGGCUGCUUUUCACCGGCUGGUGGAUUGCCGGUCUGAUUUUGCACCGAUAUGACCUCGGCUGGCUGAUCCCGUUUCUAUUGUACCUGGCCAUCACUCUGCGCAUUCUCUUCUUCUAUGUGCCUAUCAGCAUUGUGACGCGGCCCAUGCACUUCGUCUGGAGCCAUACCGCCCACCCGUUCGUGCGCGUGAUCCCAGAGAAACUGCGCAUCCCCGGAGCGGCCCUGGUGUGCAUUGGGGUCAUUCUGAUCGGCGCAUUCGUCUCCCCCGAGUCAGCGGAUAACACGCGCUCUAACCGCGCGGUCAGUCUGUUCGGGCUGGCCGUCUUCGUCUUCGGCCUGUGGGCGACCUCGCGCAAUCGCAAGAAGAUCGUCUGGCACACUGUGAUCGUGGGCAUGCUGGUGCAGUUUAUUGUUGCGCUCUUUGUGCUGCGCACCGGGGCGGGUUACGACAUUUUCGCCUUCGUGUCGGGUCUCGCGCGCGAUCUGCUGGGCUUUGCGUCGCAGGGCGUGGAAUUCUUGACCGCCGAGGACUUUUACACAAUGAAGACUCCCAUCACGCCCGCCUCCUGGUUCCUGGUGAGUGUGAUCCCGGCAAUUCUCUUCUUCGUCUCCAUUGUCCAACUGCUGUAUUACACCAACGUGCUGCAAUGGUUCAUUAAGAAAUUUGCCGUCUUCUUCUUCUGGAGUAUGCGCGUUUCCGGCGCCGAGGCUGUCGUCGCCGCUGCAUCCCCCUUCAUCGGACAGGGCGAAUCCGCCAUGCUGAUUCGGCCUUUCGUUCCGCAUCUCACUAUGGCCGAGCUGCACCAGGUCAUGUGCUCAGGCUUCGCGACCAUCGCGGGAAGUGUACUGAUCGCCUACAUCACCAUGGGUGUGAACCCACAAGCUCUUGUCUCGUCCUGCGUGAUGAGUAUCCCCGCCUCACUAGCCGCCUCGAAACUGCGCUGGCCGGAGGAGGAAGAAACCCUCACGGCCGGCCGCGUCGUCGUCCCUGAUGACGACGAGCACCGCGCCUCCAAUGCCCUGCACGCUUUCUCCAACGGCGCCUGGCUGGGUCUGAAGAUUGCGGCUAUGAUUGGUGCCACGCUGCUGUGCAUCAUCUCUCUCAUCGGCCUGGUGAACGGCCUGUUGACGUGGUGGGGCCAUUACCUGAACAUCAACGACCCGCCCCUGACCAUCCAGCUGAUUGUGGGAUACAUCUGCUACCCGAUUGCUUUCCUGCUGGGUGUUUCUCGGGACGGUGAUCUGGUGAAGGUCGGCCAACUGAUCGGUCUGAAGAUCAUCACUAAUGAAUUCGUCGCCUACCAAGCCCUUCAAUCCCAAGAAACCUACGCCGACCUCUCGGACCGCUCCCGCCUAAUCGCCACCUAUGCGCUGUGCGGAUUUGCCAACAUCGGUUCCCUGGGUAACCAGAUCGGUGUGCUCGCGCAGAUCUCGCCCGGACGGAGCGCGGACGUCUCGCGCGUGGCGGUUAGUGCGAUGAUCACUGGCGCGCUGAGCACGUUCACCAGUGCGUCGAUUGCUGGAUUGUUGAUCACGGAUGAGAAGCAGUAUUUCGGGACCAAGGCGGCGUAG